CCGCCCUUUCUCUACGAGUAGCAAGUCAGGGGCUUGCAGAAGGAAGUGCGCUUACGACGAAGUCGGUGAGCAAACCGAUCCUAAACGAGUCGUUCUAGCAGUCAACCUAUUUGUCUUUUAGCCUAAAUGUUAGGAAAUCGUUGCCGAUUUCUUUCGAGUUGUGCCAUCUCUUCGCUGCAAGGUAGCGCGACAAGCCAUACGUUAUGGAAGCCCGCACUUAGGCCUCGCUCGAGUCGGUGGGAUCCAAUGUAAACCCGCGCUCGACAAUCCGACCGCUAUAGGAACUUGCGAAACUAGUUCCAAAAAGAUGUCCUCCAGCUGCAUAACCAGUGAACCCCAGCAGGAGAAGUUGGAGAAGCUGCACAAAAACUGCCUAAUUGAGCUGCUUCCGGCAAACCUUCUUCGAAGGCGCCCGGCCCCGUCUGUGCGGCCGACCCCAGAGGAAGCCAAGGAAUGGGCCAGAUCCUUCCGGCACCUUACUGCCUCCAAAUACGGCUUAGCCCUCUUCCACGUGUUCCUUGCGAGGGAGUACAGCGAGGAGAACAUUGAGUUCUGGCUGGCCUGUGAAGAGCUCAAGACCUGCCGGCCCAACAAGCUUUCCGUCAAAGCACAGAGAAUCUUCGACGAGUUCAUCGCCCCACACUCGCCAAAAGAGGUGAACCUCGACGCCCUGACGCGAGCCGAGGUGACGGCCAGCCUGACUAAGAGGCCCGACCGGACCUGCCUAGAUCUGGCUCAACGCCGCGUCCAGGGCUUGCUGGAGAGAGACGCCUACCUGCGCUUCCUCCAGUGCGAUCUGUACCAGGAGCUGUGCAGACCGCCCGCACCCUAGCACGCGCCGAGGACUCACACCGCCCGAAGUCCCCCUCUUUGUUUCUUCUCUCUUUUGUUUGGUCACCACACCCCACAACCACCAUUCGACAUCGCUAUCCACUGGUGCCUUCUUCUCGUCCCCGUUAUUACACGCGCGCUGUGCAAGUACGAAGAGCGGGAGGGACUCUUGCUCGUUCCUCACUGGCUCUCUGGUUUCCCCCGACCCAGUCGUCGGUACACAUAGAGAGACACGCAGCAGCGGAAGCCUCGGAAAAUAAAUGCCAACCGAGGUUAUAGA